AUGGCGCUUCAAAUCGCCGCCGCUUUCCUCGCUCUGAGCACACUUGCCCACUCCGCCCGUCAAGACUAUGACGUGCACAAAAUCAUCGAAGCGUUCCGGCGUCCCCGAUGGAACGGCACAACCGAAAACUCGCACGACGCCUACUUCCGCGCCUCGCAAGCCGGCAUCGAAUGCAUAGAAACUGACAUCCAUAUCUCACUCGACGGCCAGCUUCCUAUGAUCCACGACAAAGGUUUGGGCCGCGAGACAGAUGUGGGUGAGUUUACCGGGCGCGCGGCUUAUAAUCCGUACACCGGGCAAGGCUACAACCCCGCCGUCGCAGAUCUAAAUUUCACUGGGUUCAUCGAGCAUUUACACCUGCGCGAUGAGGCGGGGCGAGUUCAUGAAGAAACAGUCCCCACGCUGCCGGACAUGGUGCAGAAUAUCCACAAGAACGGAGCGAAUGUUGUUCUUCAGCUCGAUUUCAAGGAUAAAGAAGCUGUCGAGCCUGCAUACUGGGCGCUCAAGAAUCUGACCAACGCCGCCGGCGUGCCCGCGAACGAAUGGUGCAUAUAUAAACUGCAAGCUGCGUGGUGGCAGACGCCUGAGGAGCUGGAGGCGCAGGCGUGGAUGAGAGAUGCGCUGGAGAAUGGCGUGCGGAUUCCGUAUAUCCCCGUUUACCAACCGGCGGAUGAGGGCGCGUUUGAUACGUUGGCGUCGCUGAAGGCGUUCAUGAGCACGAAUUAUACGAUUAGUGCGGAGAUUGAAUUGUACUCGAAGGAUGGGCCGGGACAGGAAUUGGUGGAUUGGCACUUCUGGGAUCUUGUGAGUUCACUCCCAGCUUCCGAUGCGCGGUAUAUUACUGACGACAUGUCCAGCUUCGCAGACGGCGACUUCACCGUGCCCAUCUUCUCGCCGCUUACAACAUCGUUCUACGACACCGGGAAUUUCUCGUUACCAAAGGAUAUCCGCUUCAACAACUCCGCGUAUGCUUUUCAAGAUAGCUCGAUGCCGAAACUCCUCGACGUGUUGGUGGGCAACAAAUCCGCCGACGGGCGCGAUCAUCGCAGUGACUUUGACUGGCUACUGCGCCAGGGCUUCAAUUGGAUUAUCACCGACAACGCGGAUCUCUGGCACACGGAUCUCGAGAAACAGGGAAAGAGAAAUAUGCUAGACCUACUUCAGGACGGCAAGACGUGGAAAGAUGGACGGAAGAAUGGGUGGUAUAAAAGGUUCUUUGGAUAA